CUUCCUCCUUCCUCUCAAACCUUUCUUCUUCAUUUCGUUAAGCUUCUUCUCCUUCCUCAAACCCCUAAUUUACAUUUCUUAAUUUCUUCGAGUUCAGGCUGGUCUGAUUGAUACUCUCGCACACAUAUAAGGACUGAAUGUCUGCAAUUGUGCGCAUCGACAAUGUUCUUUCAACUCUCGGUUCUUUCGAUUUCAAUUUGGGGAAGAAAUCGAGUUCCGGAAUCACUCUCCUUCUCUCUCUUUGGCUCUUAAAUAAUCAAAUGGAUUUUGAAACCCAAAAUGGCAUUGAGGAAGUUGCUGCAAUUAUUAGAGGCAAUCCUGAUUAUGGCAGAGAUGAGAGCCCUGCUAAUGGAAGAUACCACAGUCGCUCUAGACUCGAAGCUCAGGGUAGUCCUGAAUUUGUUAAAGAUGAAAGCCCUGCUAAUGGAAGAUACCACAGUCGCUCUAGAUCCGAAGGUCGAGGAACUUCUUAUUAUCCUAAAGAUGAAAGCCCUGCUAAUGGAAGAUAUCACAGUCGUUCUAGACUUGAAACUCGGGGAACUCCUGAUUAUGCUAAAUAUGAAAGACAUGUUAAUGGAGGAAGAUACCACAUGUUUGUGUUCAUUGCCACCCUAAUUCCCUUAAGCUUUUCCGACUGAUGAGGUACUAGGUCUAGAUUCGAUCUCCUCCGCCACGAGAGAGGUCGAGAUCCUAAGCAAGGAGAUGGUAACAAAUCGGUCACAGGAAGGGCUUUCAAAUUUAGGUGGCUUUCAAAUUUCAGAAAAUAUUUCUACUUGGUAUACAUGUGUGACUACUAUGGUUUUGAUGGUGUGUUAUGCAGGGUUUUUGUGGAUACUGUGAGUGAGUUAUGUGUCAAGCAUGUUGAAUGUCCUGUCAUUACAAUCAAGCGACGUGCAAAGCAGACUCCUCAAGACCCUGUAGUCUGUAAAAGACUAAGUGCUUAUGAUGUGGCCGAAC